AUGGCGGCGUCGCACGGAUUGACGGCUCUCCUUCAUCGCCGCCUCGCAGACACGGCCUCUCUCGCUUCCGGAUCCUCCUCGUUCUUCGUUCCCUCGUUGGAUCCUAGCCUCACCCCGUCGUUAUCGCACCGCCAUCAACGCUCGUCCGUCGAUUUCCCCUCAGAUCAACAACUAGAUCGCUUCGUGCCAGCUGGCACCAGAGCUGCCGCCGAAUGCGGCCGCAGCCGAGGCGCCAGAGCGGGCACAUGCCAUGCCGUUGCUAGCGGCGGGAGUGACGGCGGCAGCGGCGGAGGUGCGAACUACGCUCGUAGCUGGCGAAACAAGGGCGAGAGCGCACGGGCUCGGGUGACUAUAGCGCGGGUGGGGAUUUCGAUGUCAGGGCUGUCGCUUGGCGGGUCUUAUAGCGGGGGCUCAGGGUCCAUAUCAGGCAGUGGGGAGGCGCAGCAGGGAUGGCAGCAGCAGCGCCGACCGCAGCAGCAGCAAAGGCCGGGGGGGAGACGCGGGGUUCUCCCGCAAAGGCGGCCAUCGGCGGAGCUGUUGUCGGAGGAACGGCGGAAGAAGGAGGUGGAGCGCGCAAUGCGCGAGGCUCGGGGGAAGGGGGGCGCGGAGGGGCUGGCGGAGGCAUUGCAGAUAGAGCCGCCGGCGCAGCCGCAGUGGCCGUUUUGGCGGAAGAAGCGCGAGUCGAGCUCCGGCGAGGCGCGCAUGCUGACGCGACGCAUCGUCGAGCUGGGGAAACGGCGACAGCUGGACCAGGUGUUUCAACUGCUGGACGACGCGAAGCGCAGCAGAAAGGCGGUGAACAUGAUCACGAUGAAUGCGGCCAUGGCGGCGUGCGUGAACUGCGGCGACAUCGACCGCGCGCUCGACCUCUUCGACGACAUGACGGCGGACGGCGGCACGGGCGUCGACUCCAUCACCUACGGCACGCUGCUCAAGGGUCUCGGUCGCGCAAAGCGGUUGGACGACGCGUUCGAGGUGUUGGAGGCGAUGGAGGACGGUACGGCGCCGGGGCGGCCGGAGCUGACGGCGGUGCACCUCAACACGCUCGUGAACGCGUGCGCGGACGCGGGGGACGCUCGGCGCGCCAUGAGCGUCGUGCAGCGCUACAAGCGCGCCUUUUCGGGGGCUAUUGGGCCGUCCGCGUUCACCUACAACCUGCUGCUCAAGGGCUAUGCGCGGUCGGACAAUCCUUUAGAAGCGCUGAGCGUGGCGGAGGAGAUGCACCUGCAGGGGCUGCAGUGGGAGCGAGUCACCUUCAACUGCCUCAUCCUCGCCUGCGUGCGCGCCGGGGAUAUGGACCGCGCACUCGACCUGCUGCAGGACAUGAAGGCAGAGGCAUUGAGAAGGGGCGAUGACGACGUGCUGCCAGACGCCGUCACCUACACCACCAUUAUCAAGGGCCUAUCAGAAGAGGGCGACAUAGACGCGCUGAGGGACGUGGUGGCGGACAUGAAGCGCGCCAACUGUGUGCGCAGCCCUGCCGGCCCCUCCCAGCCGCACUGCCGCGCCCUGCUUGCAGCUGAGGGGCCUUCUGGGGUGGCGGCUAUUGGGGGGGAAGAGGGCGUGAGCAGUGCUGUCAUCCCCGUGACUAGCAGCAGUGCUGGCAGUGCUGUGAUUGAUGGCAGCAGUACUGGCAGCAGUACGGGCAGCAGCGGGGUGGCGAGCAGCAAUCCGCUGGUGAUGGACCGAGUGGCGUACACGGCCAUCAUUGACGCCUUCGUCGCUGUCGGCUCGCCUGAAGACGCGCUGCAGUGCAUGGCGGAACUAGAGGAGCUGGGGCGGGCGGACAGAGGCAUGCGGCCACGGGCGCAUGUCUUUCUCUCCCUCAUGCGCUCCCUCGCUGCUGCUGGCGACCUGCCGUCCACGCAGCAGCUCGCCGGCCGGCUGGUGCGCGACGCGGGCGGCAGAGUGUGGCCGGAGGAGCGGGCGGAGGCGGCAGAGCUGGUGCUGGAGGCGGCCACCCGCGCGGGCGAGAUGGGUGUGGCAGCGCGGCUGUUGGAUCAGAUGGAGGCUAUGCACGGGCACCAGCUGCGCAUGUCCCUGCGCGGCAUGCAGGCGGUGGUGCAGCUGAUGGCAGCAACGGGGGCGGGCUUUGAGCGCUUCACGCCCAUCGGCAUCAGACAAGAGCUGUCGCUGCGUGAUACGGUGCAGUCUGUCAUGGUUCCCCUGGCUGACGUGGCAGUGGCCCACCCUGACCAGUCACUGGCGGAGCUGAGGUCAGCAUGGCCAGAUUUGAUGCCUGCUGACGUCAUCCCAGUGAUCAACGGUGCUGAUGAAUGCGUGGGCGUUCUGAGAGUACCAAGCCAUGCUGUGGACCCCACAACCCUUAUCACGCACCUCAUGCUGCCCCCCCCGCCCUCGCUCUCGUGCCUCUCCACCGUCUCCGAAGCCGCUCUGCUCCUCUCCUCGUGCCGCACGCCCCUGGCGGCGGUGGUGGCGGGCAGUGCACGCAUGCGCUAUGGGCUCGCCAAGGAGGCGGUGCAGAGGGGCGCGGGGGAGGAGCGGCGCGUGGUGGGGUUUGUGCGUGCUGAGGCCGUGUUCGAGGGGCAUGGCGGGUGCUGGUGGCACUCUGGGGAGCAGAGGGAGGAGGGGGAUGUUGUGGAGGAAGUGGCUGCUUUGGAGGGUGGUGAUGUGCCCCUUGGUGAAGCUGAUGGUGGGGAAUUUGGAGGGAGCAGCAGCGAUUCUGACUCCCUUUGUAGUUGCGUGAAGGCAGCUUGA